AUGGACGACGCUUCAGCAACAGCAGCCGGGGGUGGCGGCGGGGCUUCGACAGGAGUCGAGGACACCGUACCAGCGUCGGCAGGAGUUGGGGACGACUUGCCCACAAUAGAAGUCGGGACUGACAGCGUGGUGCUACUAGGAGCAGAGUCAGCGGAGGCAGGGGAUCCAAGCCCUCCAACCACCAGGCCAGGAGCACGAUCUGGAGCAGCACGUGCCGCGUCCAGGGCAGAAAACGCGACGACACCGGUUGGAGGAUUCCGGGGGCGAGGCAGGGAGCGCAUGCCCGACUGCGCCGUCGGAGGUGCUGCCACAUCUGACCUCGGCGGGAGUCUAGCACGGGACAGACGGCCGCCAGCUGCCGGGGCGGCCAUGCGGGAGGCAAGAGCAGCCGCGGCCAGUGCGGCGGCAGCAGCUGAGGCUUCCUACGGAGUCGGAGAUGACGAUGCGGACGCGAGGGCCUUGAGCAGCGCCUCGAGAGCCUGA